AAUGGCGUAGCAUGAAAUGUGGUGGUUGUGUUGCCAAAGUCCGACAAACGUCGGCCGGUCGGUAGACAUUCAACGAGAGAUAAAGUUGAUCCCAAGUCUACUAACGACGGUUACAUAAUUAUUAACACGAUUAACGCAACAUGAGGAAAUAAUAUCGCGUAGGAAACUAGUCGACGAUGCGUUCGCUCGCGAUUAGAAGUUCUGAACUGGAGUAAGUACGGCGAACAGGUUAUAAAGUCUGUGGAAUAUAUUCAACUGUAAAUAUUUAGACGCAGAUGAUUACUCGCAGCAGAUAAGGUAUAAUCAGCGGGAUCGCUCGGUCAGCCGAUAAAUGUACAGCGUCGCGGUUGAACUAGCUAAGAUAUUGAGGAUUCCGCAACGAUUCGCCUUGUCAGGAGUGACAGAUUAUGUAAGCAGAUCUAACAUGGCGCGAAGCACAGCUACCUCUUCUAUAUUUAAAGGCUCUAAGGACCGUUUCAACGGCAUAACCAUCGAUUCCACACUCGAGCCGUGCGAUUCUGGCGCCUUUUCAAAAUGCCUAAAAGCUUCCCUGGACCAGUGGAUAACAGAAAAGCGAAGGGCGAUAUGGUUUCGUGUGGGGCUCGAGCAGUCGGAUUGGAUUCCGGAGCUCACCAAAAAUGGGUUCAAAUUUCAUCAUGCGAGGGAUGACUGGGUCACUCUUUAUCGCUGGUUGCCCACAGACCAAACCUGCAACAUACCGCCAUACGCGCACACUUUACUGGGAGUCGGAGCCAUUGUCUAUAAUGAAGAGACGGACGAGAUUUUGGUCGUCAAAGAGAAAUACAGCGUCGUCACCCCAAUGUGGAAGUUUCCGGGCGGUUAUGUCGAGCCAGGCGAGGAUAUAACUGUCGCUGCCCAGCGAGAAGUCAUGGAGGAAACUGGAAUAGACGCUGAAUUCAAACACAUUCUAUCAUUCCGUCACGCACAUCGAUUCGCUUACGGAUGUUCAGACAUCUACAUGGUGGCCUGCCUCACUCCCCGCACUUUUGAAAUCACAAAAUGCAAUCGUGAGAUAACAGAUUGUGUCUGGAUGAAGCUUGACGAGUAUAUGCAGCAUCCAGAGGUUCACGAAAACAAUCGCUUGGUAGCAGAGAAAUUCAUCGAGUUCAAGAACCAUAAGAGAACUAUAACCGUCCAAACUCUGAUCCAUCCCGCCAUAAAGACGCCUUUCAGAGUCUUCACAAUAUCGAAGUUAGAGGAUUAACGAAGGCUCUCGGACCUGCCGAGAAGCAGGAGACUGAAGGCUAAGACGAACCUGCAUACCCGCCGCAGAAGAGUUCGUUGUCGUUGUAAUUCACGGGAUUUGGAAAUCCGAACCGCCACAUGCUGUUGCGGGAUGGCGGGUCCAUCAUGCGGCCGUGACUCUCGACUCCGGAAUCAUUGAGCACCUGCAAAAAAUAUAAGUUGAAAAAAACGAUGCCAAUCAGAUCAAGAAGAGAUUUGAGGUCGAGAGAUGCGUGAUUACAGGCCGAUAAGCUCACCUGUGCGAUGAAAAGGAUCGCGAUGAGGUAGAGCCUCUGGACUCGUCGGCCGUUGACCAUUGCUCUCUGUAACCGACGAGAAGAGAUUCAAAUAUUCGAAUGUCGAACGUUGUGAUUAUUAUCAUUGUCAUACACCUGUCGAUCGACAUAUAGGAGUAACGAGAGCGUUAUUCUCUGGUAAUCCCGCCUAUCGAUCAUUCGCUUUUGCAUAGAAUUCUGCGUGGGGCCAGCCUCCGUGUAACUCGAGAUUACACAGACGUAUAAAUUAAACAAUCCUCAUCUAAA